AUAACAACCAUCAAUAUUUUACUACAUACUCUUGAUUUCAUUUUUAAUAUCCACCAAGUCAAACUUCCAAAAGCAUGACAAAAAUUUAGUGGCCCAUUAUUCCAAAUCGACUUAAUUUCUCUUAAAAUUUGUUAAUGCCAUUUUGCCUAAUCAUGAAAUGACCCAAACACCUCAAAUUUUCAUCAAGCACUAAUGCCCAUCAUUUAUUAAUCCCACAAGUAAUCAAAGUUGAAUUCGUCCUUUCCCACUUCCCAACUCCUACCCAUAUAAACAAUAUUCCCACACACACAUAUAUAUAUAUACACAUACAAUACUUUUCUCUCUCCAUCUCCACUCCAUUCACCACAUUAAUCAAGAAUUCAAGAACCCACAAAAACAAUACCCAAAAAAAAAUGGUUCGUCCAAUUCCAAUCUUCCAUGGAAGUGAGAGCUUCUCAGCAAUCCCAGUAGCAAUAGGCCUGUUUGUUUCGGUGUCUCUUUUGGUAGGUUUGUGUGCGAAACAUGCAAAGCAAAUGAGGUCGAAAAGCAACCAUCCAAACGCGGCGAGAUCGCCGCUGCCGUCGCCGAAGCAGCUGAUAGCUACCAUAAGUCAGAAGGCGAUGUCGCCGCUGAUCCACGGCAAGAAGUCCACGGCGGCGGCAGAUUCCGGCGAGGAGAAUGGGGUGUGGCAGAAGGCGAUCUUGAUGGGGGAGAGGUGCCAGCCGCCGGAAUUCUCCGGCGUCAUCUACUACGAUUACGAUGGCAAGAGGAUAGCGGAGAUGCCCAAGUCGCCGCGCCACGGCUCCAUGACGCCCUUGAAGAAUAUUAGUUUUCCGGCGCACAAUAAUCACACUUCUGUUUAUUGAUGUCCACUUUUUUUUUUUUUGGGGAAAUUUUUGGAGUAGAGUUUUUUUCUUUUUCUUUUCAGUGGUUUGUGUAAGUUUGUUUCAUCUUUUUUUUUUCAUGGUAAACUAUUGCAAUAAUAGUUGUUGCUUUUGCCCUCUCAA